GAUUGAUUAAAUUACUACUAUCGGAAAUCUUGACUUUUAAACCUGAUGAACAUUACUGGAUGCGAAAGUUAGAAUCAAAACAAUUAAAAUAAAUAAAUUCAUUUCCUUGUUCCUUCUUUCUUUCUUCCAUCAUCUAUUAUCAGUCGUAACAGUAUUAUUAUUAUUAUUUUAUUAUUAUUAUAAUUAUAAUUAUUAUUUUACACUAAACAAACUCAACCCUUUCUGAAUUCAACUGCAACUCUGUUCGUUGAAUUUUCAGAUCUCGUGGAUCUGAACUCAUCAAUGGCGAAACCCCGAUACUCUCGCCUUCCAUAUAGAAAACCUUCUUCUUCUUCUUACACAAUCAUUUUCGCUUUAUUCAUCGCCUUCACUUUCCUCAUCCUCAUUCUUCUCGUUUUUGGAAUCCUUUCUAUUCCAACUACUUCUUCUCGUCAAAACUUGCCUAAACCCAACGAUCUUACCUCCAUUGCUCAUAACACGGUCGAUAGAAUCGAUGAAGAAGAAGGUAAAGGAGAACGGUGGGUUGAAAUUGUAUCAUGGGAGCCUAGGGCUUUCGUUUAUCACAAUUUUCUGACCAAGGAGGAAUGCGAAUAUCUGAUUGACAUAGCAAAGCCGCACAUGCACAAGUCAACAGUUGUUGAUAGUGAGACUGGAAAGAGCAAAGACAGCAGAGUGCGCACAAGCUCUGGAACUUUUCUGGACAGGGGACGUGAUAAGAUUGUGAGGAAUAUUGAGAAAAGAAUUGCAGACUUUACUUUUAUUCCAGUAGAGCACGGUGAAGGACUUCAAGUUCUACAUUAUGAAGUUGGGCAAAAGUAUGAGCCUCACUAUGACUACUUUCUUGAUGACUUUAACACACAGAAUGGGGGUCAGCGCAUAGCAACAAUACUGAUGUAUCUUACAGAUGUUGAAGAAGGGGGAGAGACAGUGUUCCCUGCUGCCAAGGGGAAUUUCAGUUCUGUGCCGUGGUAUAAUGACCUUUCUGAUUGUGGGAAAAAAGGACUUUCAAUUAAGCCAAAGAGAGGUGAUGCUUUACUUUUCUGGAGCAUGAAGCCGGACGCAACUUUAGAUGCCUCAAGCUUGCAUGGUGGUUGUCCAGUGAUUAAAGGGAAUAAGUGGUCAAGUACCAAAUGGAUCCGCGUCAGUGAAUACAAAACUUAAGUAUACAUGACUACGGGCUUGUCUGAGUUCGCCAUUCCAAUGAUAUGCAAUUUUAAAGUCUCAGCUAAUACUUAUGAUGGAGCUUCCGGUGUUGAAGGAAAUAUUUACAGCGUGAUGAGGUGUUCUGUAGCUUAGCUAACUCAUUUUUUCCACCCUUUUCAUUUAUAUAUGUAGCAAAUAUAAUAAUAAAAAAAAUUAAGUACUCGUGAGAUUGUGAAUUUUGCAUAAAGGAGGUUCAAGAAAAUGUAUGAAACCAAUAGAUGUAACAAGUAUACAGGGUUUUUCUUUUGACCUCAUUUGCCUCGUGUAACAAUCGAUGUUAUAUUAUAUGUUUGCUUCUGUUGCCCCUCAUUAAUGAGGGGCCUUCUCUACA